AUGGCGACGGAGGAGCGAGAAGGAGCCGCUGCGGAAUCUGCAAUAGCAGAAAUCCAAAAGAAGAUCACAGAUGCCUUUGAGGUGUUUGACCAUGAAUGUAAUAAAACUGUGGAUGUCAGAGAGAUUGGCACAAUCAUUAGGUCAUUAGGCUGUUGUCCCAAUGAGGGGGAUCUCCAUGAUAUGCUUGCAGAGGUAGAAGAAGAAGAACCAACUGGCUUUAUUCAUUUAGAAAAAUUUCUUCCUAUGAUGACUAGAGUGUUAAUGGAAAGAAGGUAA